AGGGAUUAUAUAAACCCGAAAAUCACUCGUCACUCGUCCGCUCCUUCCACUUCUUUCUGUUGCCAUUCGCGGAGUCCUAGCUAAGACACGCUUCUAAUGGCGACGACGAAGGUGGUGGGAUUCGUGGGGCUCGACGAGCUCAGCUUGGAGCUCGCCUCCUCCCUCGUCAAAGCGGGGUAUCGCGUCCAUGGAUACGAGGUUGCCGGGCCGUCCGUGAUGGACGGGUUCUUGGAUUUGGGUGGUGUUAGAUGUGAAAGCCCCAUGAACGCUGCAAGAGAUGCUGCCGCUAUCAUUAUAUUGAUUAAUACAGAUGAUAUUGCUAAUGUAUUCUUUGGGACAGAAGGCUUAGUGAAAGGAUUGCAAAAGAAUGUUGUUAUCAUCCUUCGAUCAACAUUAUUACCAAGUCAUGUUCAGAAUCUAGAGAAGAAACUCACAGAUAUGGAAAAGGAGGUGUUUCUUGUGGAUGCACAUGUUUUUCAGGGAUGUUCUGAGGCUUUGAGCCAAAAAAUUGUUGUUAUUGCAUCUGGAAGGGAAAAUGCAACACUACGUGCUCAACCUUUUUUGUCCGCUCUCAGCGACAAAAUUUAUCUAUUUGAAGGUGACAUUGGUACCUCAAGUAAAAUUAAGCUGGUAAAUGAUCUGUUAGAGGGCAUUCAUCUAGUUGCCUCGGUGGAAGCAAUGUUCCUUGGCGUUCGAGCUGGAAUUCAUCCCUUGAUUCUCUAUGAUAUAAUAUCAAAUGCUGCUGGAAGCUCAAGGAUCUUCGUGGAGCUUGUUCCAAAACUAUUGACUAAUGAUAGCUCUCUUGUGAAAUUUUUGAGCGCCUUGGUGAAAAAUGCGACAUAUGUGAUGGGCAUGGCUAAAGCAGUCACAUUCCCUCUACCACUUCUAGCUGUGGCAUAUCAGCAGUUAAUACAUGGUUGUUCAAUGAAAAUUGGAGAUGAAUUUUCCACUUCACCGGUGAAGGUCUGGGAACAAAUGUUUGGAGUGAAUAUAAGAGACAUGGCCAAUCAACCAUCUUAUGAUGCUUGCAAGUUGGCAGAUCAACUUGCUACUCCAUUAAAAAUUGUGAACAGAGUUGGGUUUAUUGGCCUUGGAGCUAUGGGCUUUGGCAUGGCUGCACAUCUGCUAAGAUCAGGCUUCUCGAUUGCUGCUUAUGAUGUUUAUCAGCCAACGCUGGCCAAGUUUGCUUACUUAGGUGGCAAAAUAGGGUCCUCUCCUGAGGAAGUUUCUAGAGAUGUAGAAGUGCUAAUUGUCAUGGUUGCAACUGAAGCUCAAGCUGAAAGUGUUUUAUAUGGGGAUGCUGGUUCAGUGCCAGCUCUUUCCCCUGGAGCAACCGUUAUUCUUUCUUCUACAGUCUCACCUGGAUUUAUUACUCGUCUUGAACAAAGAUUGAAAGGUGAAAGCAAGGAUUUGAAAUUGGUGGAUGCACCAGUAUCCGGUGGUGUAAAAAGAGCAGCAGAUGGGACACUAACGAUAAUGACUUCAGGCACUGAAGAAGCUCUUCAAGUUGCCGGUUCUCUUCUCACCGCACUCAGUGAGAAGCUUUAUGUCAUUAGAGGGGGAUGUGGAGCUGCUAGUUCUGUAAAGAUGGUCAAUCAGCUGCUUGCUGGAGUUCAUAUAGCUGCUGCAGCAGAAGCAAUGGCAUUUGGAGCUCGACUAAGUAUACAAGCCAGAGUACUGUAUGAAAUCAUUCAACAUGCAAGAGGCUAUUCCUGGAUGUUUGGAAAUCGUGUACCACACAUGUUAGAUGAUGAUUAUACACCCUACUCUGCAGUGGAUAUUUUUGUCAAAGAUCUUGGUAUUGUUUGUAAUGAAAGCUCCAACUUGAGUAUCCCACUGCAUGUUACAACCAUUGCUCAUCAAUUAUUUCUUGCAGCCUCUGCUUCUGGAUGGGGGCGAUAUGAUGAUGCUGCGGUUGUGAAGGUUUAUGAGAUUACUGGUGUCAAAGUUGAAGGAAAACCACCAGUUCUUAGUAAAGAAGAUGUCUUAAGUUCUCUUCCUCCUGAAUGGCCAGAGAAUCCAAUGGAAGAUCUUCACAUUUUGAAAUUCCAAAAUAGUUCAAAGGUUUUGAUAGUGUUAGAUGAUGAUCCAACUGGAACUCAAACUGUCCAUGACAUAGAAGUACUAACAGAAUGGAGUAUUGAGACUCUAGUAGAGCAGUUUAAAAGAAGGCCUGUGUGCUUUUUCAUUCUAACUAAUUCGCGAUCACUGAAUGCUGACAAGGCAGUCUUGUUGACAAAAGACAUCUGUAGAAAUAUAGAAGCUGCAGCUAGAACAGUAAGUGAUAUUAGUUAUACCGUAGUCUUGCGAGGUGAUUCAACUCUUCGUGGGCAUUUCCCAGAGGAAGCCGAUGCAGUUGUUUCUGUACUAGGUGAGAUGGAUGCAUGGAUCAUAUGUCCAUUCUUCUUUCAAGGAGGACGUUACACCAUUGAUGAUAUUCACUAUGUUGCGGAGUCUGACAGAUUAAUUCCUGCUGGCGAGACUGAAUUUGCUAAAGAUGCUGCCUUUGGUUACAAAUCUUCCAAUCUCAGAGAGUGGGUUGAAGAAAAAACUAAAGGGCGUAUUCCGGCCGACAGUGUCUCCUCGAUUUCUAUACAACUUUUGCGCAAGGAAGGACCAGCUGGUGUUUGUGAGCACCUCUCCAGCUUGGAAAAGGGUUCAGUGUGUGUGGUCAAUGCUGCGAGUGAAAGAGACAUGAAUGUAUUUACAGCAGGAAUGAUUCAGGCCGAGAAGAAAGGAAAAUGCUUUUUAUGUCGUACAGCUGCAAGCUUUGUGAGUUCUCGAAUAGGCAUCAAGCCAAAACCCCCAAUGUGCCCCAAAGAUCUUGGCAUAGAAAAAUGUAUCAGUGGUGGCCUCAUAGUUGUCGGUUCUUAUGUUCCAAAAACAACAAAGCAGGUCGAAGAACUUAAAUCACAAUUUGGCCAUAACCUGAAAAUAAUAGAGGUUUCUGUUGAUAAAGUCUCCAUGAAGUCAAACGAGAUGAGAGACAAAGAGAUCAUCCAUGCUGCUCAAAUUGCAAAUGCUUCUAUAAAAGCACGGAAAGACACUCUAAUAAUAACCAGCCGAGAGCUCAUUACUGGAAAAUCUCCUGAAGAAAGUCUGGAGAUUAAUUAUAAAGUCAGUUCUGCUUUGGUUGACAUUGUUAGAAGCAUUGACUCCCGACCGCGUUAUAUCAUUGCCAAGGGUGGAAUAACUUCAUCCGAUCUUGCUACUAAAGCUCUAGAAGCUCGGUGUGCUAAGGUAAUUGGACAAGCAUUAGCUGGUGUACCGUUGUGGCUGCUAGGUCCAGAAAGCAAACAUCCUGGUCUUCCGUAUAUUGUUUUUCCUGGUAAUGUUGGUGAUAAUUUUGCUCUGGCAAAUGUAGUAAAAAAUUGGGCUCGGCCUCCUAGAAGCUCAACAAAAGAACUACUACUUAAUGCAGAGAAGGGUGGAUAUGCUAUUGGUGCAUUCAAUGUCUACAACAUUGAAGGUAUUGAAGCAGUUGUUUCGGCUGCAGAAGCUGAAAAUAGUCCUGCUAUCUUGCAGGUUCAUCCAGGUGCUCUAAAGCAGGGAGGAUUCCCCUUGGUUGCUUGUUGCAUUUCUGCUGCUGAACAGGCGAUAGUGCCUAUCACUGUUCAUUAUGAUCAUGGAAGUUCCAAAUCUGAGCUGCUUGAAGCUCUUGAGCUGGAUUUCGAUUCAGUCAUGAUAGACGGUUCACACCUCCCUUUAGAGGAAAACAUUUUAUUCACAAAGUAUAUAUCUUCAUUGGCACAAGCAAAAGGGAUGUUGGUGGAAGCUGAACUUGGGAGGUUGUCGGGCACUGAAGAUGGCUUAACAGUUGAAGCUUAUGAAGCUAGACUAACUGACGUUACCCAGGCCCAAGAAUUUAUUGAUAAAACAAACAUCGAUGCUUUAGCAGUGUGCGUCGGAAAUGUUCAUGGAUCAUAUCCGCCCUCUGGUCCCAAUCUCAGACUCGACUUGUUAAAGGACCUUCGUGCAUUAACAAGAGAAAAGGGAGUUAGUUUGGUUCUCCAUGGAGCAUCUGGAUUGCCGAGGGAACUCGUUAAGGAAUGCAUUGAUUUAGGCGUAAGGAAAUUCAAUGUGAACACAGAAGUUCGAAAGGCUUACAUGGAAUCUCUUAAAGAGCCACAAAAAGAUCUUGUUCUGGUGAUGGCGGCUGCAAAGGAGGCAAUGAAAGCAGUAAUUGCAGAGAAAAUGCACCUCUUUGGUUCAGCUGGAAAAGCAUGGUAGAAAAGCGGAGCGAAAAGCUCUGUUAGCUUCCCAAUCGAGCAUUCUGAUGAAGAUCUCAUCAAAAUGCUCUGGCUUAAUCAUCACGCACAGCUUUACUAUAACAAAGCAGUCGGGAUGCCUAAGUUCCAACCAUUUGGGCCAGCUACAUGUACCAGUUUUUUAUUUGCUCGCGGAAAUGUUUGCCGGAUUGUUUAGUUACCUUACACCUAUUUCCUUUUCUCUGCUUGAUACAAGCUAUGAAAGGGACAUUUGCACCGCAUAGGCCUAGGCCAAUAUUAUGUUAUCUAGUCAUAAAUUAUGGACAUUUUAGAACGGGCAACAGAUACUCUCAUGGGCGUGUUAAUUAAAAAUGUGCUCUUUGGUUAAGGCUUGUUGAUAGAUCCGCCAAAGCAAUUUGGAGACGGUACUGGUAAAUGUUUUCAAGAGUUUGCAAUCGCUUGCAAAAA